AUGGGUGUUCCAUCAUUCAUGUCUCAACUCAAUUCCAUUAUUAAUUCUCUCUAUCAACAAGAACACAUUGGUCUUCGAUAUCAAAAAAUUAUUUCAAAUGUGAUGAAUGAAAGAAAGAAUAAGAAUACUACUACUAGGAAUACUAGUAAUACUACUACCACUACUAAUACUACUUCAAAUAAUUCUCAGCAAAACAAUUCAAGUUGUAAAUUUCAACCUCCAUUCAUUAGCAAUCGUAUUCAUUCAAAAGUAUUUGAUUGUAUCUAUAUUGAUAUAAAUCCAAUCAUUCAUGGAGUGGUGAGAGGAGUUCAAAAUUCACUCGAUGCAACUGCUGAAAAGAGUCAAACACAAGAUUCAAAAAAAAAAGAUUCAAAAAAAAAGAAAUCCAAUGACAUGUCCUCCAACGCCCAAUGGGAUGAUAAAAUUGUGAGAGGUGUGAUUAAAAGUCUUGAAGAGGUCAUGACUAGUUUUAAGGCUAAUAGUCAUUGGUUUAUAUCUUUUGAUGGAGUUGCAACAAAAUCAAAAAGAAUUAAACAAAGAAGUCAUCGAGCGAAGGAAUCUAAAAAAAGAAAUGGAGAAGAGAAAAAAACGAGUGGAGAUAAAAGUCAUGCAAAUGAGACUAUGAAUGAUAAUUCCAAUACACAAGGUGAAGAUGAUGGUUCUUCUCUCGAUCCUAUAAUGGAUGAUGAAGAAAUGAUUGAUGAUGACGAUGAUGAUUCUAUGAGUGUGACCACAAGUAGUGCUUUGGAAGAUUCUUUUACAAAUUCCACUACUAACUUGAACUCUCUUUCCAAUACCAUUUUUGAAACUCCUAAAAAGAGAUCUCUCUCUGUUGAAAUAUCACCUGGUACUAAUCUCUCUAAAAAGAUUUAUCAAGGAGUAUUGAAUUUAUCUUAUCACUAUUCAAAGACUCACAAUGUUACAGUUUAUGUUUCAUCAUCUUCUCGAUCAGGAGAAGGAGAAACUAAAAUUAUUGAACAUUUAAGAACAUACAUGAUGAAAAAGAAUAAGAGUGGUCACACAAGAAAGAAGACAAGUCGAGAAGGAACAUCUUUACCACUUGCAUCUUCGGUGUUAAUCAUUUCACAUGAUUCAGAUAUGGUAUUAAUUCCAUUAUCUAAUCCAGAAUUGAAUUGUUCAUUCUAUGUAUUGGUACCAAAUGGAACUCGUUGUACCUAUGGAACGAUGAUUGAUAUUACUGGAUUGAAAUUAUUAUUAUAUCAUUUAUUUAAAAUGAACCAUUCUUCAAGUAUCAUUGCUCAAAAUACCACUACGACCAUUCAUACUACAAGUAAUAGCAGCAAUAGUAGUGUUACACCCUCAGAUACCCUCACAUCUCCCACAACAACAAGUCAUAACUCAACCAAUGAUAGUCAUAGUUCAAUAUUGAAUAACUCAUCAUCAACCACAAGCACCAACUCAUCAACAACAACUCCAUCCAACCACACACUUCCCAAUAGUAAUGAAAUUAUUCAACAAUUAUGUAUUGAUUUUGUUUGCAUUUCUCUACUUGCAGGUGGAUGUGAUUAUUUCAAUCCAUUUGCAAAAACAUUGGAACAUCGAUGGAGAAGAUAUUUUAAAUUAAUUCAAACUGAAAAAACAAAUUAUUCAAUAUUUACAUUGAAACAUAAUGAAUUGACCAAUGAAUAUAUUUUAACAAUCAAUACAAAUAAUUUACUAUUUGUAUUUGGUAGUUAUGUAAGAGAUAAGAGAAAUACAUUGGAUAAGGCUAAUCCAGAUCGUGCCAUUCAAUUCUUUAAACAAUUAACUGCAUGUUUACUUCAAUUUAAAGGACAAUUACCAAUUAUGGAAUAUUUUAGUCGUAAAUUAUCAAUGAUUGAUUUAUUAGCCUUAAUUGAAAAAAUUACAACUGCUACAACUGAAACUACUGAAAAUGGUACCACUCCUGAAACUGCUACAACUGAAAAUGGUACCACUCCUGAAACUACUACCUUCAUGAAGGAUGAUUUGAACACCACGACUAUUACCACCAAUACCACCACCAAUACCACUCCAAAGAAGAACAAAAAGAAAUCUUCCAAUCAUCCCAAUCUCGUGAUUACAAUAUCUUUUCAAGAACUUGUAGAUACCUAUCAUUUAACACCACUUGAAGGCCUCUUUUCAAUGAUUACUUCUCAUAAUUCACAUGCACUUCCACAUGACAAGUUAAUUGAAUUAUUUUCCUUCUCUCCUAAAUUAUGUGAUUUGUUACAUAUUGAUUCUAAAUUUAAUUAUGAAUCGAGUGGAAAUGAUAAUCAUUGGAUUGCAUCGAAUGAACCCUAUGAUUUGAUUCGAAAAGGAAUUAUGGAAUGGAAAGAGAGAUAUCCAACCAUUACAGAUGAGGAUAUUAAUAACAAACAUAUUGGAACGAUACAAUUUACAUGUCUCAGUAAUGGUACGAGUGGUAGUAAUGGUAGUAAUGGUGGUGCAGUUUUGAAAUAUUCAUACCAUGGUCAAAAUCAUCGUAGUAAUAAUAGUAUUAAUAGUACGAGUGGUAGUAAUGUUAGUAGUAGUAGUAGUAGUGGUAGUAGUAGUAGUGGUAGUAGUGGUAGUAGUAGUAAUGUUAGUAGUAGUGGUGGUGGUAGUGCUUCUGCUGCUGUAGGUACUAAGAAUGUCUCAACAACGAAGAGCUCAAAGGCUUCAAAUCAUGCUUCAAGUAGUAAUAGUAGCAACAAUAGUAGCAACAAUAACAACACUACAACGGAUGACUCGAAUUCAGCCAUUGUUGUUGAAGUGUUAGAAGAAACCAUUCGACCCUAUGAAGCAUGUGUACCAUAUCCAUUCGUACCUGGAAUUUACACCACUUCAAGAUUGAGACUUGCUGAAAAGAUUAAAUACCAAAGAGCAAAUUCUCUCAAUCAACAUACUCUUGGUGAAGAAUUUGAUCGAAUUGUAUUGACAGAUAUUCCAUCUACUAAAACAACAACGAAACAAGUCAAGAUUGUUAAGAAGAAACAAUUACCACCAAAGAAAAAGAAAUUACAAAAACCAAUUUCAACAACAUCUUUGUGUCAAUCUGUUCAUGUGACAGAGAAUGAUGUGAAUAGAAGUGGAAUUCUUCAAGCCUUAUUACAAAAAUCAGAUCAAUUGCCAGAAGUCAUUACUGUGAAUAUGGAUACAAGUGACAAUGUUUCAUCUCAACCUUCAGGUACAAUGGUAUUACCUCAAAAAGAUGACAAUAAGAAGAAACGAAAAUUGAAUCAACUUUCCUAUAGUGGUAGUGCCAACAAACAAGAAAGAAAAGCAGUCAAACGAGAGGAAUCAUCGAUGAAUAAUAAUUUUACUCAGGUUGCAACUAGAACCACUUCUGAAAAAAAGAAGAGAAGACAUCCAAAGAAAAAGACCAACAACAAUGCAGAUACCAACACCUCUUCUGAAGGGGCACAAUUUGAUGGUGAUGACAUGAAACAAGAAUAA